AUGGAUCAAAGAAAUUCACAUCGUCUCCCGAAACAAUCGAAGCUGAAACUUGCUGGGGAAUCGAUGAAGGUCUUGAAACUGAUAUUCAUAUUAGCUCUAACUACUGGAAUCUCUGCUGUUCUCAUCUACAUUAUCGGCGUAUCAAAUCUCUAUGAUUCCGUGGAUUUAGACGAGUCUAAUCGGCUUGGAAAUGAAGAUUUAGAGGCGUUGCAGUCCCUGCAGAGCGGAUUCCAGAAGUGCGUAAGUGCAAAUGGAUUGGGACUACAAGCUGCUACUGGUAGAGAUUACUGCCAAGUCUCGAUAAACUUCCCCAAAGAUACUGUGCCCAAAUGGAAAGAUCCCAAGUCUGGGGAGCUUGAAGGACUUUCAUAUGAGUUUAACCUGUGCGAAGCGGUAGCUACAUGGGAACAAGUCAGGAAUAGCUCUACGAUACUUACCAAGGAAUAUAUUGAUGCCUUACCAAAUGGAUGGGAGGAUUAUGCAUGGCGCAGAAUCAAUAAGGGAAUACAACUUAAUCGUUGCCAGAAUAAAUCUUUAUGCAUGGAGAAGCUUUCAUUGGUGCUCCCUGAAACACCACCAUAUUUUCCCCGGCAGUUUGAGCGAUGUGCUGUUAUUGGGAACUCUGGUGAUCUUUUAAAAACAAAGUUCGGAAAGGAGAUAGAUACUUAUGAUGCAGUUCUUAGAGAAAACGGCGCUCCCAUUCAGAACUACAAGGAAUAUGUGGGAGAGAAAAGUACAUUCCGUCUUCUUAAUCGAGGGUCAGCAAAAGCCCUUGACAAAGUUGUGGAGUUGGAUGAAACAAAACAGGAGGUCUUGCUAGUAAAAACAACAGUUCAUGACAUUAUGAACAAGAUGAUUCGGGAAGUUCCAAUAAAAAAUCCAGUGUACUUGAUGCUUGGUGCUUCAUUUGGCUCAGCAGCCAAAGGAACUGGGCUCAAGGCACUUGAAUUUGCUCUCUCGACCUGUGAUUCAGUGGAUAUGUAUGGUUUCACUGUGGACCCAGGUUAUAAAGAGUGGACUAGAUAUUUUUCAGAAUCGCGCCAAGGACACACUCCUUUGCAUGGUAGAGCUUACUACCAAAUGAUGGAAUGCUUGGGUCUCAUUAAAAUACACUCUCCCAUGAGAGCUGAUCCAAACCGAGUCGUGAAAUGGGUGCCAAGCCGCAACACAAUUAGAUCCGCAAGAAUUGCAGCAGAAAAGCUCUUAAGGAGAGUUGGAGCAGGAUCUGCAGACCCAUUAGCUUCAUGCUCGAUAGUAAAGAAGAGAAGCAAAAACAAUCGUCCACCAGAAGUCUCACACCUCAGAAAACCUGUGAGAGACCAUCAAAAAUUUGUGAGAAGCACGACCAUGUACCCGUUGGAGCACAGUCCAGGACAUAGUCAGCUUUGCAUUACACCAGCUGACUAA